GUGGAGCUCAACAGUCGGCGCCACCGGCGGCAGAGGCGCGAGGUCAGCGGCUCUUGUUGUAAGGGAGCCGGUUUUUUCGUUUGAAAGUUCGUCGGUUGUUUUUGGUUGCGGCGCGGUGGCGCGCAACAAGUGUGCCCGAAAUGGACGACAAGAACGAGCCGCGCGAGAACGACAAGUGCAUGGCCCAGCAGGGUGAGACCACUACCGGAGGAAUGUCCAAGCUCCGCGCCCAGGUCACCUCUGCAGUGGCGAACAUCCCGUCGCUGGUGAUUGUACUGUUGUGCGUGUUGUUGCUCGUCUUCUUCGUCAUCAUAGUCGCACUCUCGGUCAAGGUGCACUCGGGCUCCACGGCGCCCGAUGAUCGCUGCCUGUCGGCGGCCUGCCUCGGCUCGGCGGCUCGCGUGCUCGCCGGUCUUCGGGAGGACGUCGCGCCCUGCAAGGACCCGUACGCUCUGGCGUGCCGUCCCGGCGUGCCUCGUCGCCAGCACGCGGUUCGGCACCUGGUGGAUCUGGUGCCCUUCGACGGUGACCAGGCGUCGGCCGAGCUGAAGGCGAAGCGAUUCUACGAGACGUGCAUGGAGCCCCGUAGCCUGAGCCAGGACGCACUGGCCCUGCUCAACUACCGGCUGCGACAGGUCGGUGGCUGGGAGCUGGUGGCCAGCUCGUCAUGGUCCCUGCAAAGCUGGGACCGCGACACCGCCCUCGAGAAGCUGCACGUCGACCUGGGAGUGAGCCCAUUCUUCGCCGUCGGAGUGGCCGACCGAACGAUUCGGCUUGAGCCUUCAGGCUUCACGUUCCCAUCGUACGAGUACUAUGCGGAUGGCAAGCCUGACAGUUUCGCCGGAAAGGUGCUGGGCCACUACCGGGAGCUGAUUGAGCAUGUCUCGAGCCACCUGCGGGAUGGACCACCGACCCUGGCAAACUCGGUGUUGGCCGACACCAUCAUCAACUACGAGCGACGACUGCUCGAGCGACUACGUCCUCGGGAGAAUGUGACGGAGACGGACAGCCUGCGCACCACCGUGGCCCAGCUCACACGCUUGGUUCCCAUUGUAAAGUGGGAGCAGCUGCUGAGUGCCUACUUCCACGGCCACUCCAUUGGCCAGGACACGCCCGUGCUAAUAUUGCAGCCACACUACUUCAAUGGCCUCAGCCAGAUCAUCUCCACCACCGAUACCACCACACUGAAUCACUACAUGAUGUGGCGUCUCGUGAUGAAGUACGCACCACACCUGGACAAGACCGUGCGAUCUGAGUACUUCCGUUUCCAACGCCGCAUUUUUGGUGACGAAGAGCCCGAGGAAGAGUGGUGGGAGCAGUGCACUCGGCACACCAGCCACUACCUGCGCCAUGCUGUGGGCUAUCUUUAUGCGACCAGGGCAGCUGGAAACCGCGUGCAGGAGACCAUCCAACAGGCUGAGGCUCUUGCUCGACGGGUGAAGACGUCAGCUAUUGAAAGUGUCGGUGAAGUUGCAUGGCUGCCUGAAAAAAGCCCUCUUCGAGAAAAGCUGACCAGUUUGGAUUUCCAGGUGGGCUAUGCUUUCAAGGACAAACCAAGACAGCUGGACCAGUUCUAUUUAGACCUCGUUGUCAAGCUUGGGUCACACCUGGAGAAUGUCUUUGAGGCUGAGCGUUUUCUGGGACGCAAGAAGGCCUUGAUGCUCAACAACCGAGCACUCCUGAAAGAAGAGGCAGCCGAGGAUGAAGCGUGGACUAUCUCGGCUGUUAGCACCCAACCCACGUACAAUCGAGAGCUGAAUACAGUUGUGGUGCCCUUAGCAGCAUUACAGCCUCCCAUAUUCUCCCUGGAUGACCACCUGGCAUUGCAGUAUGGAUCCUUUGGGAGCCUCAUGGGCCGCCUGGUGUUUGAGUUUCUUCGUCAGGAAGGUGGCAACCUGUUCCGUAACAAUGCGACGCGUGCCAGCCUGCAGGAGAAGUUACACUGCUUGGCCAACCGAUAUCCUGCCUUGAACAGCACACUUCCAGUCAAUGGGCUCCUGGUUGCUCCCGAGGCCCUAGCUGACCUUGCUGGUGUCACCGCUGCCUUCAGGGCAUUUGAAUCUGAUUCGCAUGGGAAAGAAAAGCUUCCAGGAAUGGAGUGGACAGCACAGCAGCUAUUUUUCAUUGGCUUCGCACAGUCCAUGUGUGAAGAGGUGUCCUUAAGGAAGUUACAAAUCUGGAGCCUUGUGAGCAUAUCUGCACCUAAAAAGCUCAGGGUUCUUCAGGCACUGCAGCAGUCUCCUGAAUUCGGUCGAACGUUUGACUGCAACGGUGAAGAGUGGCAGUCCCACAUCUGUCAUGCGUGGUAAUUUGCUGACAUGUGGGCAGCAAUGCUUAAACAUUUGUGGCAGCUGUAGUAGCAGCAGGCCAGCAGCACCAACGCUUCCACAAGCAGCUGGUUUGCAUUGGGCGUGGUCGCUUCGUGCAGUGUGCCUUUCGUGCAGUUCUGACCUGCUGUUGUAAAGGCAAGUGGGAUGGUGCGCACAAUAGGAGUCUUCUAACACAAUGCGGACAAGUUUCUUUGUGCUCAUGGAGCUUGGCAAGCUGCUUUUCGAUAUGAGGCAUAUGCUUGGACGCACUGCUGGGAGACAGUGCAGAUCACAGAUGGACUGGUUGUGUGUGUGAACUUUAUUUAGAAUGGGCUGAGGUGGUGUGCAUGUAUGUAUAUGAGUGUUUGUAGGCAUCAGACCUGUUAGUAUUUCAAAUGCUUUGUACAAAACUCCAUUCCAAGUUUUGGCCUCAUGUUUUCAUUCAAUACCAUGCGAGAAUAAAAAUACCUUUAGAGUACCUUCACCUUUAUUUCA